GCGAACAGACCCGACCCGACUGCCAUCUCGCCGGGCCGCCGCUUACGGCUCACGUCCUCUGCCUCUAUCGCGACUUGGAGAGCGUCCGACCGGCAGUCCGGCACCCUCGCCUCCUCCCCACCACCAAACCACCGCCGCCUCUCUCGCCCCCGCGGGGCUCUCUUCCUACCUCACCGAAGCAAGUCUGGCCAGAUCCCUGCGUCCGGAUCGCCGGGACGGCGUCCCCCCCCCCCCCCCUCCCCCACCCCCCAAGCUCGUCACCAGCGGGCUCUCGCUCCCCAGCUGAUCACUCUAGGAAUCGGUAGCGUGUCCAGAUGAGUUCAAAGAAAGUCCCAUUCAACCGCCAUAAGGAGAAUGAGGAAGCGAGGAAGAAGAGGGAAGAAGAUGAAGCGGCACGCGUGUAUGCUGAGUUUGUUGAAUCAUUCAAGGGUGAAAGCACGUCUGGGUCAAAGUUUGUCCGGGGAGGUGUGAUUGAUCCUAAUGCCAAGAUGAGAACUGAUUCUGAAGGUGGAAAGUCCAAAGAUGGGGGGUCUGUUCCAAAGAAGGGCAGUAGGUACGUUCCGUCCUUUUUGCCGCCAUCAUUUGGGAGAGAGCCAGAGAAAAAGAAGGAAGAUGAGCGGCCAAAGGAAAAGGAAAAAGGAAAGCCGCGAGCAAUAGAUAAGUUCAUGGAGGAACUCAAGCUUGAGCAAGAGCUUCGAGAAAGACGUAAUCAAGAACGUGACGGUCGACACGGUGACACUUCCGCGCCCUCUAGCCGUUUUGAUGAACUACCAGAUGAAUUUGAUCCUGGUAGAUUACCAGGAUCAUUUGAUGACGGGGAUCCGCAGACCACAAACUUAUAUGUUGGCAAUCUCUCUCCGAAGGUGGAUGAGAAUUUUCUUUUGAGGACAUUUGGUCGGUUUGGACCUAUUGCUAGCGUCAAGAUUAUGUGGCCCCGAACAGAAGAAGAACGGAGAAGGCAAAGGAACUGUGGUUUUGUCGCAUUCAUGAAUAGAGCAGAAGGACAGGCAGCUAAGGAUGAAAUGCAAGGUGUUGUUGUGUACGACUAUGAGCUCAAGAUAGGGUGGGGUAAAUCUGUUGCACUUCCAUCCCAAGCACUGCCUGCUCCUCCUCCAGGACAUAUGGCCAUCAGAAAUAAGGAGGGUGGCACUGUCAUCAUAUCUGGUCCUGGAGGUCCACCUGUUGCAUCUGUUACACCACAAACCUCAGAGCUGGUCCUUACUCCAAACGUUCCUGAUAUAGUCGUUGCUCCCCCAGAUGAUUCACAUCUUAGGCAUGUGAUUGACACAAUGGCUCUGCAUGUGCUUGAUGGUGGAUGUGCUUUUGAACAAGCUAUUAUGGAGAGAGGACGAGGAAAUGCUUUGUUUACCUUCUUGUUUGAUCUUAAAUCAAAAGAGCACACAUACUAUGUUUGGAGGUUGUACUCCUUUGCUCAGGGCGAUACUUUACAACGAUGGAGAACAGAACCAUUUAUCAUGAUUACAGGAAGUGGAAGAUGGGUUCCACCUGCUUUGCCAUCCAGCAGAAGCCCAGAUCAUGAAAAAGAAUCCACCUUUGCAGCUGGUAGAAGCAGGCGUGUUGAAGUGGAGCGUACAUUGACUGAUUCACAGCGUGAUGAAUUUGAGGACAUGCUACGUGCAUUGACAUUAGAGCGGAGUCAGAUAAAGGAGGCUAUGGGAUUUGCGCUGGAUAAUGCUGAUGCUGCUGGAGAGAUUGUCGAAGUUCUUGCAGAAUCAUUGACACUCAAGGAGACACCCAUCCCAACCAAGGUUGCAAGACUUAUGCUAGUAUCAGACAUCCUUCACAAUAGUAGUGCUCCUGUGAAGAAUGCUUCUGCAUUUCGAACCAAGUUCGAGGCUGCUAUACCAGAUGUCAUGGAAAGUUUCAAUGACUUGUACCGCAGUAUCACAGGAAGGAUUACUGCUGAAGCUCUGAAGGAGAGGGUUUUGAAAGUUCUACAAGUAUGGGCAGACUGGUUCUUGUUUUCUGAUGCAUAUCUGAAUGGGCUAAAAGCUACCUUUCUUAGAUCAGGCAACUCUGGGGUCACCCAGUUCCACUCUUUAUGUGGUGAUGCACCUGAAAUUGAAAAGAAAACUAGCUCUGAGGAUGGUAAUAAUGGAUUUAGGCUUGAUGAAGAUGGCGCCCUGGCCACAGGAAAGGCAGCAGCAACGAAGGAGCUGUUAGGGCUUCCGCUUGCUGAACUUGAACGCCGUUGUAGACAUAAUGGCCUGUCACUAUGCGGUGGUAAAGAGACGAUGGUUGCCAGGUUGCUCAGCUUGGAGGAGGCUGAGAAGGAGCGAGUAUAUCAGAAAGAUGUUGACGUAAAAUAUGGACAAGGCGAACCUCAUAGGACUGGAAGAGAUGAUAUUGGUUUGAACACUCGUAGUGCUUCAAGAUUUGGAGAAGGUACUGUUGCUGAUGAAUUGGAUAUGCCGGGGCUCUCUCGUUAUACAAGUCAAAGACACUCUGGGGAGCCUGCAUCUGCUGAACCUGAACAAGUUCCAAGCAAGAAGCAGAAAGCUGAUCCCAUCUUGCCAGAUUCUAAAUGGAAUCGAGAUGAUGAUGUCAGUGAUGAUGAAAAUAGGAAAGGCGGUCAAGGAUUGGGAUUAAGUUAUUCAUCUGGAAGUGAUAUUGCUGGCGAACCUGGGAAAGGUGACACAUCAGAAAUUAGAUCUGAUCACACAAGUCACCAUCAAGACACAAUUGUUGAUGAAGAGCAUAGGCAGAAGCUGAGGCAGAUUGAGAUUGCUGUUAUGCAGUAUCGUGAAUCUCUCGAGGAGAAUGGUUUGCGCAACACGGAGGAGAUUGAGAGGAAGAUUGCCAGCCACCGUAGGCAUCUUCAGUCUGAAUAUGGUUUGACUUCUCAAAUGGAUGGUGCAAACAACAUCCGAUCUUCUGAAAGAACACCAUUGGAGCGGAAAGAAAGGUACGGUAAUGUGCAUGAUUCUUCCAGGAAGCGGCCUCGCAGUCCGAAUAGGAGUCGUAGUCCUUCAAGGAAGUCAUCAUCACUAGAUAGAGAUCGAGAGCACAGUCGCAGCAGAGACAAGUUGCAUGGUAAUGAUGUUGGAAGAGAUAGGGUUCGCGAGAAAAGUGCAAACCGAGGGAAGGAUGAUCACUAUGAUAGGAGCCGAGACAGGGAAAAGGACAGGAGAAAGGGAAGGUGAUUGGUACUUGAAAAUCUUCUAUUGUGAGCUUACCUUGCCUUAACAGGGGUCUUGGAGCAAGGUUAAAUUUUAGCUUGUUUGCAUCAGUUGAUACAUGCCUCAUCUCAAUGUGUAUGCAUGUCCUGCUCCAUGCCUUGAAGAACCUGUUCGUAGUGGCCAGUGCUGAGAAUGGAGUUGGUUCUCCUCAUAGAGGACCCAUUUUGUAGUUUCAAAGAAGAAGUAGCGUUGUGGCAAAAUCAAAUAUUUAGUAAGCACAUUUUUUAAGUAGCAACACUGAAUGAAAUGCUGCCUGCCCAUUCUGGUCAUGGACUGCUGCUAAUGAACUUGGAUGGCAGGCUGCAGUAUGGAUUUCUCUGUUAUGAUUCCUUAAUGCUGUAGGAUUCAGAUUAGAACUAGCACUGAUCAUUUUGAGCUCGCAAUAGAAUUUGUUGCCUCAAUUGGACUCAACAGUUUUUAAUCUUGAUGUGGAGGUUAAAGUUGCUUUGUCGUUCAACUUGCUGGUGCAUUCUUCCGCCAUGGAUAAUCUGAGGCCGGGCUGUAUCAUCUGUUGAUUGAUGGUGUAAAUUCAGGUGCUUGUAA